AUGCGAGUCAGCCCCAUCCGCAUCCCAACUGUCAGCAAUGAUGGCGACUGGGACUCUUGCUUCCAGGUGUCACAGCAAACCAAGGUCCCAGCACACCAGGAAAUGGAUGAUUUGUGUCCCACUGAGGUUUCUGGAGAAAGUGAAGAAGACAGUACAGCCAAGGAGGAGGAGGAGACAGUCGUAGGGCCCAUGUUUCUUCCCAAAGACAAAUUAGCCCAGUCCCAGAAGAAAAUUACAGUGCUGAUUAAGGAAAAAAUGCAUACCCAAGCAAACAAAGAGCUGAUUCGCUGUGUGAUUCUUUCUCGGAUUAUUUUUGGAGAAGAGCAUUGGAAAUGUGCACAGGCUUUGACCAACCUGGCUUAUGGCUACCUGACACUGAGAGGCCUCCCAGUUCAGGCCAAGAAACACGCUGAGUCAGCCAGGAGCACGCUGGUGACCUGGAAGGUGAACACGACCUCAAACAAGGAGAAAAAUGAAAUUGUGGAAACUCUGGUCAUGCUCUACUACACUCUGGGAGUGGCCUGGCUCCUGCAGAACCAUGGCAGAGAGGCCUACUUCAACCUGCAGAAGGCAGACAGCAGCAUGAAGGAGCUGACAGAACUAACUAAGGGAAGCAUUGCUGGAUUACAGGUCUCAGAGAAAGAUGUAACAGUUGCUUUGGGAAGAGCCUCCGUGGCCAUCCGCAGGUUGAACCUAGGGCUGGCAUAUUUUGAAAAGGCAAUUGGCAAUGUCAUUGCUGCUAAGGGUGAAAAGACGAUCGAUCUGAUCAGUCUCUAUGAGGAAACUGCUCAGAUCGAGCAGCUGAGGAGGAACCACAAGCAGGCCAUCCAGUACUUACAGCAGGCCUACUCUAUCUGCGUGUCUACGUUCACCGAAGUCAGCCCCAGAACUGCAGAGGCGAGUGCAUUACUAGCUAAAGCAUAUGCCAUGUCUAGAGACGUCCAACACAGGGAUGCUGUUGAGCUAUAUUUUGUAAAAAGUAUCACUGCAUACCAAGCAACAUUGGGCUCAGAGGAUUCUGAAACAAUAACAACCAUUGAGGAGUUUUCCAAAUGGCUUGUCCAAAAUGGGGAGAAACAGGAGGCUUACAAGCUGCUGAAGGCUACAUUGAAGUCCCAGGUUCUGAGCCAUGGUGGCUGCAGCCCAGAAGUGGCUCAAACCUUUUAUAACUUGGGCAGCGUCUGCUUUGCCAAAGGAGAACUCAAAAAGGCAAUUCAAUUGCUGAAGAAGUGUCUGAUGAUUCAAGUCUUUCUAUAUGGAAGUGAGCACAGUAAAAGCAGAGAGACAAAACAGUUCCUUACCCUGCUGCAAAGGUAA